GGACUGGCAGCCCAAGGCGUGGUGGGCAAACUGCAAAAGAGCUCAGAGCGGCAAGAGAGGGAUUCCUCCCCCCACCCCCUCUGGACUCUCGGGCGCGCACGCCCUCGCUGAGCUGCUCUGAACCCUCUCCGAAGGCACCAGCUCGGAGCAGAAGGCGGCAAAGAGGAUUGCGGCAGCCCUCCUCUGUGCUCUUCCCCCCUCCCCUUCCUUCUUAAGGGGCUGAUUUUUGCCACACUGGCGGCGAGGUUGGCUUAGCGCGCGUCGCCUGCCUGGUGCGUGUGCGCGCGCGCAAGGAGGUGCGGCCGAGAAGCGGGAGGAAGAGAUGUCUCAGGUCGGAGGCAAAGUUGUGCUGAUGCUGAGCGUGGUGUGCUUGACCGCCUGCCUGGCUGCCGUGAGGGGGCUGCCCUUGAGGAAGCAACGCAGCAACAGCCCGAAGGAGAGGAACUACAAACUGGUGGAGAUCUCCACUUCAUCAGAUAUUGCUUCUAUCAAAGAAGAGGAGAUUCCACGGUCUAACCGAGUACGAAACCUAAGGCAAAAUGGACAAGUCAUGCCACGCCGGCAUAAACGCCGUUGGCCAUCGCAGCAGGUGACAAGGAACCAGUUAGCAUCACUUCAGCCUAGUGGUACAAUCCAGGAAGAGAGUACACCUUUUGUGCUGGAUUUACAGAACCUUCCAGGCUUAGCUAAUGUGGAUCUGAGUGCCCAGAACCCAAACAUACAGGUGACCAUAGAGGUAGUAGAUGAUCCACAGGCUGAGAUGGAGAUGGACCUGCUGAAGGAGACCAACAAUGACUGGUCUCUGACUUCUUCUGAAUGGCUGUCCCACAAAGACCUCUUCUGGCCCCUCUUCUGGGAGUACACAGACCCUGUGGAGGAGAGGGAUGAAGAUGGCAACUUGGAUAUAAAGAACCGAGAGGAUGAGGAGGAGGAAGAAGACUAUACAUCAGAGUAUGAUGAGGAGGAGACAGUUCUGAGUGGAGUGGGAGGAGACUGGGACCAGAGGUGGCCCAGUCAGAAGAACUGGAUCUUUAAAGAGAAGUACAAUUAUGACUAUGAAGAUGAAGAGGAAUGGAGCUCUUGGUCCCCUUGCAGUGUCACUUGCGGUAGUGGCAAUCAGAAGAGAACCCGGUCUUGUGGCUAUGCUUGUACAGCUACAGAGUCGAGAACCUGUGACUUGCAACGCUGUCCUGGAGCAGAUGGGGAUUUGGCUUUCACCACUGAAGAGCCGUCAUUUGAAGCUGAGAAUGCCACAGAGAUCUUAAACUCAGAUGUGGACAGUUGUGAAAAGUGGUUGAAUUGCAAAAGCGACUUCCUCAACAAAUACCUGAGCAAAGUACUUUCAGACUUGCCCAGCUGUCCCUGCUCUUACCCACUGGAAGCUGUGUACAGUGCUGUGAACUUGCGAGAUGAGCAGCAGGGCAAAAACUUUCGCUGGCGGGAUGCCAGCGGGCCCAAGGAACGACUGGACAUCUACAAGCCCACUGCCCGUUUCUGCCUCCGCUCCAUGCUCUCCUUGGACAGCACCACACUGGCUGCCCAACAUUGCUGCUAUGACGAGAACACCAAGCUGAUCACCCGAGGCAAGGGGGCUGGCGCUCCCAACCUCAUCAGCACAGAGUUCUCCCCAGAGCUUCACUACAAGGUGGACAUGCUGCCUUGGAUCCUCUGCAAGGGAGACUGGAGCCGAUAUCAUGCCGUGCGGCCUCCCAAUAAUGGGCAUCGGUGUGCUGACAACCCUCCAGAGGACGAGUACCUCUCUCAGCUACAAGAGGCCAGGGAGUAUUAGCAGAGACAGGAAGUGGGGCCAUGAGGGAACAGCUUCAGUUUCCUACACAGUCUGCUAAGAGCACAUAGCAGGACCAUGUUUCUUUCCCCCCUUUUACAUCAGCAAAGGCCCCUGGUUCAGAGAGGCUGCAGAGUUACCCCUUGCUCUUGAGAACAAGGUAGCCUGUAGGAAAGCUUCAUAACAGUGGCUCUAGUCAUCUCUUUUCUAUGACAGCCUGCAGUUCACUUCUUGACAUCCUUGUUAUCCCAGCAACUGCCACUGUCCAUUUGACUUUAACUCUCACUCCAGAGAGUUUUCUGUAGCCAACAGAUUGUCUCUUGGGAUUCCUGGAAAAGCCCAGGGAAGUGGAAAAGGGUGGUAGCAAUGGCAGGUGAAGGGCUGGUUUUAAAAGAAAGGCCUACCUUGCUUAUUUUGUACUGCAUUUGUGACACUCUCACAAAGCAGACUUCGAUGUUCUUGUGGCUCAAAAUAAUCUGGUGUCUGAAUGGCUUCACCUAACCAUCUAAUGUGGUUUGGGAGGGAUGGCAUUACACCAAAAUUAUGUUUAAGAUAAAGUAGGCUUUCAGUCAGAUCUCCCAACUUCUGUAAUCUGAGAUGGUCCAGGGAAGAGAGAGGGUCAGGUCUUCCCUAUUUCUUACAUUUCUCACAAUUUGGGAGAAGCUGGGGAAGUGCAAGUUCUAGGAUGGGUAUGAAAACACAGCCACUGAAGUUACAACUAGGGGGAGGGAUGGGGGAGGAAAUGACCAAAUAUUUCUAUUCAUAUUCUUUCCAGUUUGUUGGAUAUUCUUAGAGGAAAAUAUUAUUUAGCAGAGCUAGAAAUGAGCAGCGCAGCAAAGAAUACGCAGAGAUCAUGCGUGGGUUUAAAAGAAUAUGAUUGCUUUACUUAAAACUACAAGGGAAGGGUAAACUGGGAAGAAAAUAACAGACACUAACUUCCUACAUGUUUACAGCUAGAGAACAAAACUAGGAAUGGUUUCUCUUCUUCAAACUUAAACAAAGAGAGGAAGAGAUGCCAUAAAAUGUAGAAUAGGCAAUACAUUGAUUUCCAGUCACAACACUCAAUUACUCAUCAUUUAACUAAGACCUCCUACAGACUUUUGUUGGUUUUCUCUCUACCUAACAGAUAGGUUACAGUAAACACAUGUGACUUCCUGUUGACUAACAACAAGUACUGAAGUGUUGCAGACUUGCUAAUCCCAACACAGUUCCUAUUCUUCCCUUUACUUCAGAGACCCAAUAGUUACAUCUGUGAAACCAGGUAUCCUGGGGAAACCACAAUGUACCUCUGGUCAGUAACACUAGGGAGAAGAAAGCCCUGGGGGUUCAGCCAAGUCUCUUAUCUCAAACACCAUAUAAUAAUAAUAAUAAUAGUAAUAAAAAUAAAAUGGUUGUCCUUAAUCUAGUACUCAGGAAGACAGGUGGGAAAGAUGUUCCUGAGGAACCAAUCUCCCAGUUGUGCAGCUGUUUUCUAGGAGAGGGACUGCCUGGUACAGGCUGGGCAUAUGAUUUGACCUCAUAAUGUGUUCAAGGAGCAUCACUUUGGGAUUAGAGCAGCCUGUGCCAUAAUGAAAGAGUCCAGCUGGGCUUUCUGGCAUCACUGUGUAGUUUCUUGCCGUGAGUGGGCGAAGAGCCAUCUUUAUAGUUUUAGUUUGGUUCCAAUUGUCAUUUUUAUUUAUUGGGUGGAGGCUGUGAAAUCUUGUGAUCCAUACCUUUUUAGGCUGUGACAGGGAACACUGGAGAACAAGAAAUGUGUUAGAGGAAAGAGAGCAGGAACUGGGAGCUGUGUUCGAGAGAAGGGUUAGCACCACGAUGCAGAAAAGACCUCCAGGUCUGUGCCCAAUAGGCUAUGCAAAUUUAAUUUGCUUGCUGAUCAGAGGACAUCUUAUUCAUCCUCCUCCCCCCUUCCCCCAACCCCCCCUCUUUUUGUGAGAUAUUACUAGGCAUUGCCUGUAAAAACUGAAUCAUCUUUUUAAACAUUGCAAACAAAGAUUUCACAGACCAUUAA